AUGUGGUCUUGGCUGGCAGACCUGACCAAUGUCUUUGGAUGGCCGUUCUUGAUGACCGUGUUCUACUACCAUCAUCUCUUGAAGGGCUUCGUCUUGAUGUACGUCUUUACAUCCUUUGACUGGGUCUUGGCAAGUCAUCAUGAGAGGGGUCCGCGUCUUCAAGCAUUAAAGACAGUUGCUCUCUUGCCUUGGGUUCUGAAGCCUAUGCUUGGAAUCACCAGCGACAUGUUUCCGGUCUUUGGUCGGAGCAAAGCUCCAUACUUCGUCCUGGGCACGCUUGUGGGUUGUCCAGCUUGUGCUUUCGUUGGUCUGUAUCAUCAUUUUGAUUUGACCCGCUUGGGGAUCCACUUUGAGACGGCUAUUGUUGUUGCCUUCUUCUGCAUCGGCCUCCAGAUCUGCAUUUGCAAUCUUCUCUUAGAGGCUGCUGUUGCAGAACGCAUCAGGAAAUCUCCGACAAAAGGCCCCAGCUUGAUGGCAUUUGUGACCGGUGGGCAAACAAUUGGAGAAGCCUUUGCCAUUGGCACAGUGGGUUCAGUCUUGGAGCACCUGGGUCCUCAUGGGCCAUGUUUGUUGGCUGUGCCCUUCACGCUCUUUGCAUUCCUUCCUGCAUUUGGGAACUGGCUGGGUGAGCCGUUGUGUCCACAGGAUGAAGCGGCGCUACGUCGGAAAGCCUUCUUCAAAGCCAAACAUGGAGGAGGAGAGAUUCCAUUCUUGGUGGCAGCGAUGGGUGUUGGAUCUUUGGUAAUUCUCCAUGUUGCCACCAACACUGAUGUCACUGAGCCAAGUCCUUUGGAUCCAUUGUCAGCAGCUUCGUUUCAACUAAAGCUGAUUGCAUUUGUGGCACUUGCCAUCAUCCUUGCAUUUGGCUGCCUGUUGAACCCGACGAUUGGCCUCAUGAAUGCGUUUUUCUUCCUCCAAAGCACUUCUACCAUAUCAGUCGAAGGAGGUGCAUUCUACUUCUUCACUGAUGAUGCUAGUUCGUAUCCCAUGGGACCUCACUUUUCCGUGUGGUUCUACACAACAGGGCUUGGCCUUGCUGCCAGCUGCUUUGGAAUCAUGGGCUUGUGGAUCUACAAUCACUUCAUGACCAAUUGGAGGUAUAGAAAUCUCCUGCUCACCUCCAACCUUCUUUGGUCCUUGGUAUCGGCUGGCAGUGUUCUUGUUUUUACUCGAAGGAAUGUGGAAUGGGGCAUUCCGGAUGAUUUGUUUGUCCUCAGUGGCACAGUCUUGCAGAAUGUUUUCGCUAGAUGGGCCUAUGUUCCCGGAGGCUUGCUACUGUGUCAGGUCUGUCCGGAGGGAUUGGAAGCGACUAUGUUUGCAUUGCUUGCAGGCUGCCAGAAUUUGGGCCGCGCAGUUGCCUCAAUCUUUGGCACAUAUUUGCUUGCCUAUCUUGGGGUUGAGCCAGAUGGCACAGCACAUGACAGCCAUUGCUUUGAUCGCCUUUGGGUUGCAGCAGUGCUUCAGUCGCUAGCACCCUUUUUCACUCUCGUUCUACUGCCUCGAAUGAUUCCUGAUGCAUCUCAAACCGACAUCCUCCGCCUCACUCCAGAGGGCCCAAUGGGUGACACCGGUGGCCAAGGUGACUCAGGCCUUAUGUCAAGUGUUGCACUUGCUACUGGUGGAUCUUUGUGGAGGAGGUUGCGCCGUUUGUUGCUGAAGUACUUCAAGCGUACUCCGGAGCUUCCCGAUGCUGGAACUGGAGUCUCCUACGGAACAUCGAGCUACCAGGGUGGCAGAUUUCAAGGAAGCACUGGUGGCAGCGAGAGCGGGAGGUUGGGAAAAAUGUUCUACCGCAGAGCUCGGCCAGAAGCUUCUGGAGGUGUUCAGGAUGCUUUGUCUUGGACACAUUGGGUGCAGUGA